AUGGCACCGAACGCCCAGACGAAGACGCCCUCCGCCUACGAGGAGAAGUACCCGCGAGGCCUAGCCGCCUACGAGCGGGCCAACGCGCCCCUGAACGCCAUCUUUCUCGGUCCGCCCGGCGCCGGCAAGGGAACCCAGGCGCAGAAUGUGAUUCGCGACUUUGGCGUCUGCCAGCUGGCCACCGGUGACCUGCUGCGAGCGGAGAUCGCCUCCGGAAGUGAACUGGGGCAGAGGGUCAAGUCGGUGAUCGCCGCCGGUAAGCUGGUGGACGACGACCUGGUCAUUGACCUCAUCGAGGCGAACAUCGACAAGCCCGCCUGUGCACGUGGCUUCCUCCUGGACGGCUUCCCGCGUACGAUAACUCAGGCGCAAAAGCUUGAUGGUCUACUGGAGAAGCGUCGAAGUGAGCUCAAGUCGGUGGUGGAGUUUAAGAUUGACGACAGUCUGCUCAUACGGCGCAUCACCGGCCGGCUUCUGCACGAGGCCAGUGGCCGGACGUACCACGUGGAGUUCAACCCGCCCAAGGUGUCAAUGAAGGAUGAUAUCACCGGCGAUCCACUGAAACGCCGGGCGGACGACAACGUCGAGUCGCUCAAGACCCGUCUCUCCGCGUACCACAACCAAACUGCCCCACUGGCGGGCUUUUACCGCGAGAAGGGCAUCCUCACCACCAUCGAUGCGGCUCAAAAGUCGGACAAGGUCUACCAGACGAUUCGCCAGGCGCUGCUGAAGCCCGGCAAGGCAGACCGCGUCAA